AUGUCGACCCAAAUCAUUGACUUAACGGCUGUCAUUACUCCCAAACCGGGCAAGGCGGAGAAGGUCUUCGAGCUCUUCAGCAACUGUGUCAACUACUCCGAGGCCAACGAGCCAGGCACUUUGCGGUACGAGAUCCACAGGGGUCUCCAAGACAAGAAUGGCGGCCUAGAGGAGUUCGUCGUGAGAGAGACGUACGCCGACGAGGACGCGAUGAACAAGCACAUGGUCGGGCCCGACGUCGUCGCCCUCGUGAAAGCCAUGGAGACUGGCGACCUGGUCGAGAACGUCAAGGUCAUCCACACGAAGCCCGGCGCUGGCUAUGAGCGCUCCAAGAUUUGA